UAUCAAAUGUAAGGGUGUUUAUUCAUUCUUUCUAUUAGUCAUUCAUUCAUCAAAUAUUUACGAAAUGACUACUAAAUGCCAAGCACUGUGCUGUAGGCACUGUGAAGCCUUGAAGGAGAUAAGUCCCUAUUUCCACAGACAUAUUAUAAUGAGUUUAGAGCAGUAGUUAGACCAGCAACAUCACCAUCACCAGGAAACCUGUCAAAAAGACAAAUUCUCAAGCCCCAGAUUUAAAGGUUGGGGCCAUUAACCUGUGUAGUAACAAGCCCUUCAGAUGAUUUUGAUACAGAAUAAAAUUUGAGAACUACUAGUUCAGAGGAAGGAAAAUCUCAUUGUGAGCUGUAGUUCCACUGAGAACUUGAAUAGAACCCUUAGAUUAAGGUUGGAAAGGGGACCAAGGACUCCCCAUUCCAUCAGCAACAAUAUCCCAACAGUAUUUCAUUCUGAGCAUUUCCUGUAUCUCUCUUCCUUGCCAUUGCCUUUGUUCAGGGCCUCAUCAUGUUUCAUCCAGUUUUAACUCUCUCCCUGUGAUCAUUCCCACAUUCUUUCAGUCCACCAUGUAGACUGCUGCAAUAGUGAACUUUCUAAAGCACACAUCUGAUCAUGUUAUUCUCCUGGUGAAAAGGUUUUUACAGCUCCCCUUGCCCACAUUCUAAAGUCAAAUAGUGCCAGGAGCCAGGCUGGUAACUUAAAUGAAGUGGCUUUGUUAAAGACAAAAAGGGGUAGGGAAGACUGGUGAAGGAAAUGAGACAGUUUACCGUGAAUUUCCUAGAGAAAUUUAGAUUUAGUAAAAGAAUGUUCUGCUCCAAAUUAGCCCAGCUAUCACAUAUGUCUGGCCCAUUGUAUCAAAUCCAAAGUCCUCAUUAUCAUUCCCAAAGCUGCUGUGAUCUGCUUUUACUGUUGCGUCGUUCCACACCUUGACAUUGAUCAUACUGCAAUACUCAGCAGUUCGUGGAAGACACCGUGACAUCUCGCAUCUCAUGCCUCCAGGCCUGUGUACAGCAGAUGGGCAAUAAAUACCACGUCACUGACUUUUUUGUAUUUGCAUGUUAUAUUCAUAUUCUCCCUUUAUAGAUUCACGGCCAGCUCUGUGCAAGUAAAGUUAAUGAAUUUUUCAUACACAAAUAAAUGCCUCCAUUAUUACAACAUUAGGGUGUGAUACCUGGAGACCAAUUUUAAAAAGUAAAAACUUUGUUACUAUUACAAAAGAAUUGUAGAAAAGGUAGUAAAUAAGGCUAUGUAAAAAUAUAGUAACACCAUCAUUGUAUGCCUUUGCAGACCUCUAAAACAUUUUUGAAAAUAAUAUGUUUUGUAGGUGGCUAUAUCUCCUAACAAAUAUUCUCAACAUCUUUGCACAUUAAUAUUCACCCCUAAAAUUAUUAAGUGGAUACAUGACAUUUGGAUGUGUCACAAAAUCACACAAUUUCCUGAUGUUGGGCAUUCUUGUUAUACUUUACUCAUUAUUAUAAAUAACUCUGGAAGUACGGUAGUCAUUUCGUUCUUUUCCAGGAGUCCGUGGAAUACGACGUGUACCUUCUCAGACAACACCACUGCCAAAGAAAAAUGCCCUUUUGAUGGAAGAAAAUGCUAUCUUAUCACGUUUUUAGCAGGUCUUGUAUUAUCCGCGAAUCACUGAGGUUCCGACAGGAUUGUCUUAACUAAAAUAAACUCCCACCCAGCCACUGCCCACCCAGGGUCCGACCUCGGCCAAGGUGACCCGCAGCACUCAACCGGCUGAAGCCGGCUCGGGCGUGACGUGUGCGUGCGAGCGCGCAUGGGCGUACGUGCGCGUGCGCGUGCGCGUGCGUUCGAGCGCGUCAACGCUGAGGUCCGUCGCUGCGUUCAGCCCUGUUACAGGAAUGUGUUUCUGAUCAUCGGAGUUUCAACCAUGUUGUCAAACAGCUUGCAGAAUUUCCUGAAAAUUACAAGCACUUCUCUUCUAUAUUCAAGAUUAUGGCAGCAGUUAACAAGAAGUAAAAGAUUUUUGGGAACUGUGCCAACAUCUAAAUUGCAUAGGCGGGUUGUUAUCACAGGAAUUGGCUUAGUGACACCUCUUGGUGUUGGAACUCAGCUGGUUUGGGAACGUCUUAUCCAAGGAGAGAGUGGAAUUGUUUCAGUGGUUGGUGAAGAGUAUAAGAGUAUCCCUUGCAGUGUUGCUGCUUAUGUGCCAAGAGGUUGUGAUGAAGGUCAGUUCAAUGAACAAAACUUUGUGUCCAAAUCAGAUAUCAAGUCUAUGUCUUCUCCCACCAUUAUGGCCAUUGCCGCUUCAGAAUUAGCCUUGAAAGAUUCUGGCUGGCAUCCUCAGUCAGAAGCUGAUCAGGUGGCUACUGGUGUUGCAAUUGGCAUGGGAAUGAUUCCUCUUGAAGUUGUUUCUGAAACCGCUUUGAUGUUUCAGACAAAAGGUUACAGUAAAGUUAGCCCAUUCUUUGUUCCUAAGAUUCUGGUCAAUAUGGCAGCAGGCCAGGUCAGCAUUCGAUAUAAAUUCAAGGGCCCCAAUCAUGCAGUAUCCACAGCCUGUACCACAGGAGCUCAUGCUGUAGGAGACUCUUUUAGAUUUAUAGCACAUGGUGAUGCUGAUGUGAUGGUAGCUGGAGGUACAGAUUCUUGCAUUAGCCCUUUAUCUCUAGCUGGGUUUUCCAGAGCCCGGGCUCUGAGCACAAACUCAGAUCCUAAGUUAGCAUGUCGACCCUUUCAUCCAAAGAGAGAUGGUUUUGUAAUGGGAGAAGGUGCAGCUAUGCUGGUACUGGAAGAACAUGAACAUGCUGUUCAACGAGGGGCCAGAAUCUAUGCAGAAAUUUUGGGCUAUGGACUCUCAGGUGAUGCUGGUCACAUAACUGCCCCCGAUCCUGAAGGACAAGGUGCUUUAAGAUGUAUGGCUGCUGCUGUAAAAGAUGCAGGGCUACAACCUGAAGAGAUAUCUUACAUCAAUGCACAUGCUACUUCUACACCAUUGGGAGAUGCUGCUGAAAACAAAGCUAUCAAACAUCUCUUCAGAGACCAUGCAUAUGCUCUUGCUAUUUCCUCAACUAAGGGAGCCACAGGACAUCUGCUGGGCGCUGCCGGGGCGGUUGAGGCAGCUUUUACCACUCUAGCUUGUUAUUAUCAAAAACUACCACCUACUUUAAACCUGGAUUGUACAGAACCAGAAUUUGAUCUCAAUUAUGUUCCACUAAAGGCACAGGAAUGGAAAACUGAGAAAAGAUGUAUUGGACUCACCAAUUCCUUUGGCUUUGGUGGUACUAAUGCAACACUUUGUAUUGCUGGCAUGUAGGACAAAUCAUUUGUAAUUAAAUAUAUUGAUUUUUUAAAUGUU